GAUGAAUAAAAAUUUGGGAUCUUCACAAAUGCCUGAUUACUUGCAGAAUGCGAACGCCCUAGUGGUAGCCUCUGUGAGAAACCUCAACCCAAAACGCAAGAAGGUCUAUCCAGGUGUUAUUAGUAAUAUCUUACCAAAUGGCAACUUUAUAAUGAAAGACAAGUUGCUAAAGCAAGCUGUAUAUAGGAAUGAAAAUGAGGUGAUACAAGGAAUCAAAGAGGGCUCUUUGACGAGGAAUAACAGCGAAAGUAGUCUUCCUGAUUUAGUUCCCAGCCAGUGUGGUGAAUUGAAGGGUUUGGCUAAAAAUCAGUUUACAAAGAGAUUAUCAAUGAACAAUACUGCCAAAUAAAAUUCCAAUGGAGAAGGAAAUCGGGACUAGUUUUAAGAUUAAAAAGGGAGAAUUCAGUGGUUUCUUGGAUAGGAGCAAGACAGACCGUGACUUAAUACCCAUCAACCCUAUCUUUCCAACGAAGAAGCAUGAUAUUACCCCUAGAAAGGAGGGAAUAAGUCCUGCUCCUUCUAAGGUAUCAAUAUAUAUGAAGAAUUAUGCAUCAAAGGGAUCUUUCAAAGGUGUAAAGAAGAAUAAAAAGAGCAUGAAGGAAGAGGUGUUCGCUUUACAUAAUCAAAGAAGAGCCAAUUCAAUCAUAGCUAAUCCAGUAAAAAUGCUUCCAUCCCAUAAUAUGAGCGCAGAUGCUGGGCUACUUCAGUCUUCGAGCAAGUAUGAUUUAAUCUUGAAGAAAUUAUUUGGCCAUUGGAGCCAGAAACCUGCUAGAGACCAGAUCUGAGUCAUGGAUAAUGGGAAUAGUCACAAUAUGAGCCUUCUGCCUCAUAUUGAUAAGUACUCAAAACCUUUGAUAAGCCAAGUGUCUCCCACACAAGUGAGGAAGGAUCCAAAGAAUAGAUAUUUUAAACCAGGUUUAAAGAAAUUACCCUCUCUGAAUUUCUCAAUGGAUAAGAAUAAAGAAAGAGCUCUGAUGGCUCAUUUUAAAGGCAAUCAAAAGGCCAAUCACAAUCAAGGAAAAUCUAAAAGGAAUAAAAAGUCCUUUAUUGUUCAAGGAUCUGCAGAUGCAUUUUUAGAGAAUCUUAAGAAAUCAAAUAACUCAUUGAAGAAGAGAGCAAGCAUGAAGUAAGUAAAGGAUGUAAUUAUGUGAGGAUUCAAUAAA